GCAUCGGCCGUGUAUAAAAGGUCGAAAUAUCUUUGGGAUGAUACUCAAAUACUCAUCCAAUCAUCACCCGCUCAACAUGAGGCUCCUGCUGAUCGCUCUGACCUGCCUGGCAGCUACAUUAGCUGCGCCCCAACUGAAACAGAAGAGGGACAUUCUGCCAGGCGAUCCACGGUACGGAACCGAUUACCAUCACAAUCAUCACCAUCACCCGGAGACCGUGGUAGAGUCCACGAAAUCCAUCGGCGGUUAUGCUUACAGUAUCCCGGAGACUCCCCUGCCAUUGCCGCAGGAAGUUUACGGACCCCCUAGCUAUCACCCAAGUAUCCCCGUGAGCAGCGACUACUUACCACCGACCCUCGGCUUGAAGUACACCGCGCCGAUCCAGACAUACGGUGUACCCGCCGGAGUUCACUUUCCUCUGGUUACACCGACGACUCCAGCACCAGCUGUUCUGGACGUGAAGACGAUAGCGAGCACGUCGCUGCCACUUCCACUCGAGAAAUCGCAGACAGUGACUCUAUCACCGCUGGCCACGUCGUAUGGAACUCCAGUAGUCGAUCAUGCAAAGACCACCGUGGAGACCAUUGAAACUCCUCUGAAAUCGGUAAAAACCGAAAUUCAUGGUCACUCUUCCCUGGACCUGUCCAAGCGCCUGUUGAAGGUCAAAGAACACACGCCUCUUCUCCACGGAUUAACCCAGUUCACCGGCGGAGUACAGAGCCUCCCAUCGGUGACGAGCAGCGUGACUAAGAAUUACGUCAGCGGUAGCCUGGUGAACAAGAAUCUGCCGACGCUGCAGUCCACGGUUGGCCUGGUCCCGACCUUGAGCCACGCCCCAUCGGUUUACAGGAACGACCAUACCACGCUGACCGGGGUCCACGCGGACUUCUCGGGAUACGGAGCUCCCCUGACAUCGGUCCACGGUUUGAAAACACUGAACACCGACGCAGGCCUGCCCUCUCUCCACGGUCUGACGUCUGUCAACGUUGCAGCUCCUGUUGCCCAACUCCACGUCACCAAGACUCUCCCGACCUUGCAACACCAAACCUACGGACUGCCCCAGACCACCUAUCACCUUCCAGAGUCCCACGCUCGCCUCGAGCACGUCGAGCCCGCUGUCGAGACGUUCCAAACAGUGACGCCCGCGCCUCUCCUGCAAAGCGUCCGCACUUAUCAGCCAGCCUAUCAGGCCGCGUCCUUCGACACCCUGCAUGCCCAACCUCUACAGACCGUGCACACCUUCCCAUCCGUGAAGACCGUGGACACCUUGACUCACGUCGAGCCUGUUAACACUGUGAACACUGUCAAAACGUUCGAGAGCCUGACACCAGUGCAGCAUGCACCUGCUCUGCACUCUUACCAGUCUCUGCCUACCAGCGUCCAUCCACUCACCUCGGUCAAGACCUUCGAGACCUUGAACCCGGUGCAUCAUGCAGAGUCCGUGGACACUGUGCAUUCUGUUCAGCCGUUCACCUCGGUGAAGACCUUGAAAACCGUGACGCCGGUGCUGCAUGCGCCAACUGCGCAUUCCUACGAGCCUCUGCCCACUGUUCACCCAGUCACCUCGGUCAAGACCUUGGAGACCUUGAGCCCGGUGCACCAUGUAGAGUCCGUGGACACUGUGCAUUCUGUUCAGCCGUUCACCUCGGUCAAGACCUUGAAAACCGUGACGCCGGUGCUGCAUGCGCCAACUGCGCAUUCCUACGAGCCUCUGCCCACUGUUCACCCAGUCACCUCGGUCAAGACCUUGGAGACCUUGAGCCCGGUGCACCAUGUAGAGUCCGUGGACACUGUGCAUUCUGUUCAGCCGUUCACCUCGGUCAAGACCUUGAAAACCGUGACGCCGGUGCUGCAUGCGCCAACUGCGCAUUCCUACGAGCCUCUGCCCACUGUUCACCCAGUCACCUCGGUCAAGACCUUGGAGACCUUGAGCCCGGUGCACCAUGUGGACGCUGUUAACAGCGGAUCUCACGCGGUCGAUGCCCUAGAGACUCUCGAUCAUCUGGUCGACUCCGUGGACGUUCUCCCAGCUGUCCAAAGGGCGCACACUUACACGAACGUGGUCCGAACGUCGCCCGUGAUCCAGAAGAACGUGAACGUCCAGGUGCAGAAGGGGCCGAUCGGCGACUUCAUCUCGAGUCUGGAGGCUAACCUGCCGUCUCUGCCAUCGUUUCCCCAGCUGCCGUCGUUGCCGUCGUUCUCGUUACCGUUCGCGCCAAGCACCAGCACCACUGUCAGCCCGAUCGAACCCACCGUCAGCCCGAUUGCAACGCCCAACAGCGUGAACACCUACGUGUCCGAGGACCAUCUCAAGGAUUCCGUAACGGUCGAGAAUCCGCUGUUCCGCCUGGACGACGCGCCGAGCCACGUGCUCGCUCAGCAUCAUCUCGCGCACUCGAACGAGUACGUUCAGCCCACCGACGAGAACGGCGGAUACGUUUAUUAAGGACGAGAACGUUUCGGGGAUGAACGUGAUCGCGGUUUUCGCGGCGACGCGGUGACGCGGAAUCCGAGCAGAUGACAUUUUCUCCUUUGGAUCGAGUCCGUAGCGACGAGGACGCGGUCCGCGAACACGCGGGGCGGAGUUAACGUGUCGGGAGUGUAGACGCUAACAAUGAUUGUAUACACACUUUGUAAGUAAAUAAAAUUUUUUUAUUUCACGUA